GUCAUGGUCUGGGGAGCUUAUCCCCACCAGGUGUAGACCAGUUCCUAGUUUUGCUGCUGUAGGCUAAGCCUGAAGAGCAGCUCAGCAGCAACCAGUCUGGUUUACUUGUGGUUUUUGCCUGUUUUUCCCCAAACCUCACUCAUGGUGGAUAAAUGUCGACAUCUUUUGUCCUCUAAAGCUAAUAAACCAAAAAUCUGCAUCUUCUCACCUGUUUCCCGUCCAGCGUGUACAGCCUCUUCACGGCUCCAGAGUCCAGCUUUAUGGCCUCAGUGAUGUCGGCCAGGACUUGUUCGAAGGAGUGAGCCGUCUUCUUGUUCAGAAGGAUCCUGACCGCCUUGCGCGGCUUCACGCCGCUCCUGAUCACCGUCACCAGUUUGGGUUUGAUGAAGUCUUUGCUCUCCCGGCUCUCCCGGCUUUCAAGGCGAUCUUUAGAGCCGGCGCCCGUGCUUGCCGACACCCCUGUCGAUACCGUAGAAGGCCGGGGGGAACUUGUGGUGCUGACCCCGGCGCUGGCUCCAGGCUUCCAGCUGGGGAUGGAGAUCUUGGUGUAGUCGACCUUUCGGUACGGCUCGUUGGAGGCACAAACGUAGCACUCACCUGAGCAGAGGGGAGAUGGACAGAAGGGGGGGAAGUGUGAUGUACAGUAACUGCUCCUCUCUCGUGUCAGACCCUGAGUUCAGAGCUGGAGGUUGUUAAAGAGCUGCUGUAGUCGAUAACAGCGGCGCGCUAACCCUCUGGCUCUCUUGUGUGUGUGUGUGUGUGAGUGUAGAUGAAGUGGAGGUGACAGCAGAUGUCGGGUUCACUCCUUCUCUCAGUGUGAGACGUGAGGAGGAAGCCGAACAACAGAUCAGCUUCUACACCAGCUGAUGAAAACAAAGAGCAGGAUUGUUCCUGCACAGUUCCUGCCUGCUGGUAUCAAGUGUGGAGCUUUAUGAGGAACCAGCCUUAAUUCAGGUAUUAGUAAUAUUACUACGCUGUAAAAAGUGUAACUGUGGGUUUGAGUUUUCAGGAGUACGUUUUCACGUUAAUUCUUACAGUUUUGCCUUUUUUAUUUUCCAAAUCUUAUACUUUCCCUUCUUUGGGAUGAACCCCAAAAACUUCUAUUUCUACCAGUAAAGAAGUCAAUAUUUUUCCAAAACAACUUAAAGUCAUAAUUAUUAAAGGUAGGGUAGUCAGGAUCUGAGUUAGUGCCAGUUUUUGGGAGAAAUCUUGAAUGUAAACUCUACCCCUCCCAACCAGUUUUCCCCUCAAGCCCCGCCCACAAACAGACGCUCCUGCUCGCUCGUAUCGUUCCAAUUAAAUUCAGAUAUAAUGCAGAUAAAUACUUCAGAUCAUUACAAAUGGGGCCCAGUCAAGGUGAAAGUCAAAAGCAUUGGUGCUACUGUAGAUGCCAACAGACUACCAGCAAACACAAUUAGUGCUCGAGCAUUGAUGGGGACCGGGACUAACAUUCCGAUUUUCCCGGAACCGUUUAAAUUUUAAAAUUUCAAUUCCAAGUUUCGAUGCCGGAGUCUGCCGACCAGUAGAAAUAGCCCCUGAACACCACUACGGAGAAUAGUUAGGAACCGGAAUCGAAACCAGGAAUCGGAAUUGGAAUCGGAACCGGAACCGGAAUCGGAAUCGGAAUCGUUCAAAAUCAAACGAUACCCAACCCUUAACGCAAUGUUUGCAGGACUUCUACAACUAGGAUAAAGUGACAUAGUCCAGGACCCGAGGGAGGACAGUUUAGCGAUGGCGCUACAACACGCUACAGCAGGUCCGUUUGACAAGAAACACUUCUGUUACAGACACUUGUCUUACUUUGUUAAAGCGGUUUACCUGUCCAGCAGAAAGGUUACAGGGUCACCAAGAUCCCCAAGCGUCCCCCAUCGUUUAUGUUGACCCGGCUUUUUAGCUCUUGUCCGGUCUACCUCCGUUUUAAGCGCCCGUUAUUCCUCCAGAGUCUCCGGUAUUUACUUUGUUUUCUUGCUUGUGUCGGCAGUCGUGACCAAAGGAGGAUUCAGACAAUUUUCCGAACUUUCUGGUUGGUUUCUACUGUCCGAUAUUGUAGCACGCUAACUUUGUUUGGGCUCCUGAACGACACGGGGGAGCAGCGUCUGCCUCACAACCAAUCAGGUUAGAGGAGGUGGAGAACGGCUUUGUUUACAGUCAGAAAGAGCGGACCGCUCAAAAAUGUUCAAAUGUUGACGACACAGACAUAAGAGAACACAGAGAUAUCGUUAUAUUACCAAAUGUCAUCAAUAACUAUUGACUGAUAUUAAAAGCUUUUUUGUUUAUACACCACAAAAAGCUGCUUCUUUAACCGAAUCCUGCCUACCCCACCUUUAACUAAGAGGCUCUUAUCGUUAAAACAGAAAAAUGAUGGAGUGUUGAAUAUAAGCCGUUUUUCCCCUAUAAAGAAAAAAUUCUAAAAUAUAAUUAUCUCCAACAAGUAGAAAAAAAUCGCUUUGUAUGGAAAACAUUUCAAUAAUAAAAUGUUAUUUCAUUUUUUAAAUGAUGUAAAAUAAGAAAGAGUCAGCAUUUAUUAUAACCAUGUGCAUCAACAUUAAAAUGGUUUAUCACUCCUACUAUUUGUCUGAAAUUUCCGGAAUAUCUUGGACUCACAGUAAUGAUGUAAAAUCCUUAAUAUAGGUGUUUUAUAUAUAUAUGUCUUAUUAAAAUAAUAGAUCUAAUGAUAGCUCUGGGGCGAAUUCCAGCCUAUCAGACGUACAGUAGCUCUCAGUCACUCUGCUGUUUUACCUUAUAUGGAUAAAAAUGGAUCACUGUCUCUGUCUCUCUCUCUCUCUCAUUGUCUCUCUCUAUCCUACACACACACCUUUCUCAAACACACACCUUUCCGUCUCUCUCCUUUAACAUGUUCACACACACUCUGACAGGUAACGUUUGUGUGACCUUGUCUCUCCAGGUGCCGACUCUCACUUUGUUAUUCAAAGCAGCUGGACAGGACUGAUCCUGCUUUUAUCCAAAUGCUGCACAAACUAAAUACAAUCAUAAUAAUCAAAUAAAAUACAAGCCCAAGUCUCGAUAGAGGACAUCAAUAUAAAAUGUGAACCGUAAAAACGCUCAGAUCCUUCAUAUUUUUUUAUGACCCUGUAAAUUUUUUUUACUACAAGUGAAAUCCGGCAUUUCAUUUAGGAAGUUUUAUCACCAAAAUGAACCCAAAGCUCUCGAAGUGAGGUGAAGAAGUGAUGCGUGGUCCCUUUCAGUGGCAGUAAUGGAAAAAAAACUGCUGAGCAUGCAACAUCUCAUAAUAGAUCACUUAAUUAAACACUUAAAAAUUCAAUAGAAUACUAAAUUACUAAAAUAAGUGACCACUGCAGCUCUAAACUGGUUUAUUCUAACUAAACUAAACCUCACUCGUCUACAUGUGGAGCUCCAGGGCAGAGUGAUAUCUUAAAUCAAGAGUUUGCUUAAUGCUCUUCUCUGUUUAUACUUUAUUUAUCCACAAAGUGCUUAAGAGUGGCGCAUCUGUCUUAGAGCAUCUCCGGCUGAACAGUUUCCUGUCUCUAACACUCAUUAGGAGACAUUACAGGCAGUCACACACGUCAAUAUUGAUGAUAAGUGAUGUUACUCAGCUGCUUCUAAGUGACUCCAGACUCACUGGACUUUACAGACGUGUAUGUUGACAACAUAGUUUUAAAACAUGAUUGUACUCACUGUAAGGGUGAAAAACUGUCUUUUAGAGGUUAAAAAAGGCAGAUUUGACUCAUUAAGAGUCGUUUAUAUCACCAUAAGUGUCUAAAACAAAGUACAUGAACGCCUCCUCAUCUGCUUCUGAUCCGGACAGGAGCAAAUGUAGCAAGAGCGUUUGUUUGACAAACAGCUGACAGGAAGAAGACAUCGGGGGAUUUUAAGGAGGACGUUUAAUCAAUUAAUCUUUAGAGGAAGUGGCAGGUAAAAGUAGGCGACUAUUAUGCUGUGUUACAGUUCAGCAGGAGUCCAUUUAUUUCCUGCAUGAGGCAAUUUUGGCAGAGUAACAAUUCAGAAAACUGGGAGAUGAACUUCAGAUGUCUUUUGUGUUGUAGUAGUUUGACACUUUGGGAUAAGAGCUCAGUAGCAGGGAUAAAAAUUUAAAAACUUGACGCAUCGUGAGAGGUAGUCGGUGUGAAUGACAAACCAAAAUCAAAGACGUUAUUAUGUCAGAAUACAAAAGCUGUACAUACAACUAAAUAUUUUUUAGUUUGUGCGAUCGACCUAUAGAAGAGAACCAUACGACACAACAGCAGACAAUGGAAUCCACUGGCCUUGGGAGACAAGCAGCCUUCCAGUGUUAACUUUGAGUUUUGAUCCCACAGAGAGAAUCAGUGUACUCUACUUCGAGAGACUGUCUUAAGGAACGUAAUCGGUGACGAUGAACAGUUAAUAUUUGAUGAUCUUUGUGUAAACCUGCAGUUUGGUUUCUUUGUCUGAUGAUGGAAAAGUUGUGACCUCAAUGCAGUUCAGUGGAUUUCUAAGCCCAAGUGUUGACUGUGAACAAUUGAUGUAGUUGCAAGUCUUACCUUCCACCAGCUCAUCCAUGCUGGUGAUCUUGCUGCCAUCUAUGGUGUAGAUCGUUCGCACACCUUGUGGCAGAUGGAGGUUAUCCGCCAACGAGCGCGUCAGCUCCAUCAGCAAUGCAUCGUAGGAGCGAAACCUAUCACUCGAAACAGCAUACACCAAACCCUUGAAGUAUCUGUCUCCAUUGCGAUAGAACCGGACCUUCUUGGCUCGUUUCUCGGAGGUGAGUGCUUGAAGGGUCCGGGUCCGGUAGUAACUACAGUUGGCACUAUGGGCGGGACUAGGGACCAGGCUGCUGCCUCGUGAGCUGGGGCCAGACCCCCCACCACCAGCACUGCUGGUGGAGUCAUCUCUCUUGGCGCGUGGGGAGCGUCCACGACGAACCUUGUCGCGUUCGUCGAAGUGCUCCAGCUCAAGGGUCUUGCUCAAAGACAUGGCGAAUACUGAUUGAGUCAAGUCCAACAGAGUCCUUGCUACAUUUGAUUCAUCUUCCAAGAGCUUAAAACUGUGACUCUAAUCUCAGCUACCUGGGGUCGAGCCUAAUCUUAAACCCUAGUUAUACAAACCCGCAAGGAAGUCCUUUUGAGAAAUGGCAACUCCUUUUUUGACCCCGGAAAGAUUAUAAUCCUGAGACUACUGUGGAACCAGUAAGGUCAGUUCUGGAAAGCAAUCCACUUCAGUCUUCAAGAAGCGGUUUUUCUUUCUCACAACCCAUCAGUAGUCUAGUUGUCUUGGUAUGAGGACAAGAAGACCCCAAAAAGGUCUGUUUUUUUGUCUUUACAUACCGAGUCCUCACUUUGGUUCCUUAAGAUUGACUCACAAUUCUAUUGCAACACGAAAAAAUAGCAAAAGUAGUCCUUGUAGUGUCCUUUCCAGACUUGAUACCAACGAGACGAUGAUGAAGAUAGUGUCAAAGUCCAACAGGUCAAGUUUCAGUGGUUCAUUGAAGGCCUCUCUGAUGCUUAGACUGCUGUCAGAAGUUGCUGCAUUUCUGGGGUUCUCUUUGAACGUCUUAGCAUUUCAAGAAACUCCUUCCCAAGAGGGUUUUCCUCAAACUAAUUUCAAGCUCCAGUGAAGAACAUUAAGGCAAUGAAAUCCACAUUCAUCCCAGCACAUGUCCCCGUUUUUUCUUGGUGACCAGGACGUCUCUUCGCUACAGUGACCUUCCUGUAGUCCCAGUGAUCUGGCUUUAAAGCUCCUUUUUAUGCAGACCCUGUGCGAAUCUGUUGAGUCCCCGCUUCAGAUCUGCCACAGUUGCUCUUGCAAUCCAAUUAUUCUCUGGAUUCCUGUCCUUGUCACACUUUUGUCUUCCUGCAUCCUCAGCAUGCGUCCAUCGCUGAUAAAAAGAAAUGACAAUCACAUGGUUUAGAGAUCCUGUCUUAAGGAUACGCAACAACCAGCAGAUUCAGCCCUCGAAUGUUGCUCCUGUUGCAGAAAACGAUUAUGAUUUAUAGUUAAUCCAGUGGUUUUUCAUUACUUAACACAUGCUUCAAUCAAGGGUGGACUCUGUGCACUGCAAAGACUUGGCUCCUUUUACCACAUGAAUGCAUGUGCUUUUCUGAGCUUUCUAUGUACAGCCUGCAGGGUUUAAUCGAAAUGAUCAUGCAAAAGAGUCUGUAUCUAAACACACCUUCCUUAUUUCAUUGAACUGUAUCUCCUGUAAGGCCAGAAGGAGAUAUCUGCAUUCAUUCCCAUUUCGGUUGGAAUAACCUGGAGCCUGCAGGAAAUUUUGAGCUCGCACAUAAAUAAAAACAGAAUCUAUGUGUUCUCUAUCUGAUCAGAUCAUUGACUUUAUUCAUCUAUCCGCCCAAACACUGCUAAAGCUGUGCUGUCAGCGCCAUUCAAACACACACACCCGCACACACACACUGAGAGGGAGGCACCUACCAAUAAUGCCGUGUAACCGGUUUGUUGCUAUGGAGGCUUUCUUCCCCUUCCCUCCGGUGCCGUGUUCCGGUUCGCUCCGGUUGAUCCAGGCGAAUCGCAGGAACCGUUACGACAGGGCAGACCCGGUGGGAGCUGACCCGCCUACCCGGGAGAGAGGGAUGCAGCGGCGGCAGGUUGCACCGGAGGAGGACCGGGAUGCACCGAGGCAGACGGUGGAUAGCAGCAUGGCCGCUGCAGCAGAGAGAGAGAGGAGAGACCCGGCUAAACACCCCCGCCCCUCCCCUCUCAUCCGCGGCUGUACGUGAUGACAACGUUCUUCCCUCCCUUCCCUCCAGCCUCUCCCUCUCUCUCUCUCUCCCGGUGUUUUUAGACGUCUCUCUAACUCUCUAUCGCGGUUUUUUUUGUCUCGAUAAUUCAAAUGAAGUUUGUUUUGUCGUUUUAACGGUUACAGCCCGCAAACAUAUUCAAAUAACAACCGUUUAUUGACUUAGUAAACACGAAGAGGUGAAAGAGAAGAAUGUUUUGAACAAAUUUACCGAUAUUUUUCAGAUUUGUGCGCUUGUGGUAAGAUAUUUUUUCCACUUUUAUGACAGCUUGGUAAUCACGGGCUUGGCCACCUUUAGCCCGGUUUAGCUAACAUUAAGGCUGAAACUGCCCAGUAUUAGCCCAUUCACAAAGAUAGGAAGUUUUAUAUUUUCUUGGGGAUAAAUAAAAGUGAAACAAUUUUUCUCAUUGUUUCAGUAUACCGUUUAGGUCGCUGAUAAUAACGUUUUAAGACAGAAACAAGCUUGGCAGGGAAAAGUGACAGUGACGGUUAGCUUGUGCCAACCAGGAAUUAGUCUGCCCCUUAGCUUCAAAACUGCAACGUAUAACUUCAUGACGAACUGUGGUAAUUUAACAAAGAAGAUUGGUGUCAAUUGAUUUUAGUCUGGCACAGGAGUAAUCGUGAAAUUAAGACAUACAUUCUAUGUCUUUUUUAUUUUUGUCUUUUUGAUUUUAAAUAAUUUUGUCUUUUUGACUUUAAAUAGUUUUGUCUUUUGAUUUUAAAUCAUUUUAUCUAUUUGAUUGUAAAUAAUUCUAUGUUUUAUUUAUGUUAAUUUUAUGUCUUUUUUAUUUUAAAUUGUUUUGAUCUCUCCUUUUUAAUUUUUUAUUUUCUUGCAUUACUUUGAUUUUUCAACACUCUACAAGAAAAUAGGAAAUUUCAUCUAGACCUGUUAAAAUUAUACAGCUUUGUGUCUUAAUUUAGAUUUCAGGUGUCUUUGGGUCAGCUCUCAUAACAUUGGGUAGAACCAGGCCGUACCAGGUUAAAUUCGAAUGAACUGAAACAUUGAGGAAGCAGCUAAUUUUAGCCUGAUUCCAGUCAGCAAAAAGUCUGCACACACUAACUGUGAAGGUAAGGUUAAACUUUGCCCUUUUUUGACAUUAGACAAAGUGAAGAAAGGUUUGAUACAUUUACACAACAGACAUGUUUAAUGGUAUAGGCUAAAACAUAAAUAAAAGAUGAUUAAUUACUAUAAUGGCUUGAGUAAUAAAUAAUUCUGCUCUAUAGGUGAGAUAAAUAUUUGAUGAGGCUGUGGUGAGCUUGGUUCUUCAUUUCACUCAUUGUGUUGCCAUUGUAUGUUUGAAUUUUAGCUUUAUGGAUCAUUUAAUCAGUGGUAACAGGCAACAACACUGAAACCAUUCCAUGAUGCGUAGAAAAUAACAGAAAAAUAACAUCUUGGUAGUGCUUAAAUCAAAAUAACAGUAACAGUAGGUUACUCAACUUUUCCAUUCAUUUACAUUGUUUAUUUUUUUAAAUACUGGUUUUCUUUCAGGUUAAGUAACAAAAUUGAACCAACAUUAAAUUAAAACUUUUAUCUGUAGAUAACUUGCUUUUUAAACACUGAUUGGUAAAAAGUUGUUUCUGUAAGGAUUUAACCAACAAGUGGUGAUCUGCUCAUUACAUCAGUAUUUUUGUUGUCCUUUUUAUUAAAACUUGUUUACUAAAGAAACCUAUCAAAUCAACACGUAUCUCACCUGCACCUUUCUUUUGUCAAAUUCAGGACUUUUAUUGUGGAGAGACGUGAAUGACGAGGCCCCACCCUUCCUCAGUUUGUCUGAGAGUGACAGCAGGGGCCCGAGGCAGCCAGACGGCCCCACCUUUUACUGUCAGCCAGACCAGUGAACCACUCAUCCAGAUAUGACAAGGUGGACGAGCUGUUUUUUUCCUUUGCAUGUGCACCCGUUCUAAUAACUGGGUCUGACACCAAUCGGUGAAAUAAUAGCUCACAAAAUACACAAUAUGUUUCUGCAUUUCUCUUUAUUUGAACACAAUCAUACAAUACAGUAGAGACAGUGGAAUCAGCCUGAAAUCUGGUAAUCCUUUAGUAUGUUAGAAAAAAAAAAAAAGGCCCAAUUUCCAUGUGUUCUUUGAAAACUUAUUCGUCUUUGUCCAAAACACUAACCAUAAAUCAGAUUUUAAAUACCCCACACUGACAUGUUUCCCUAUUUGAAAGAAGCAAAACCGUAAAUUCAACUUGACAAUGUGGAAAGUCUCAGGGUUUCAGAUCACCAUUGAGAGGGCUGUCAUUACCUAUACAAGCCACCAGGUGUCACUGUGUUUUAAGCGUCAAAUCUUUUCAACACAAACUGAAAUGCAGCUCAGGAGCUUUAUGAGGCUACAUCCACUCAUCUCUAUAAGGAAGGUAAAAAUAAUGAUGAGGAACAAUCACAGAGAGACAAACUUAUAUAUAUUUAUAUAUAUAUUAAUAUAUUUGUUAAAAAAAAACAUGAAAGGCUGAUACUGAUGCUAAAAUGUUGCGUUAAUGAAAAUGGAUGAGAGGUGUACAUAUGUUACUCAUAGGUAACAGAAGUAGGUUUAACCCAGUGACAACUAUUUAAUGUUAGAUUGGUUGUUUCCAUUUUCAUUAGACAAUUUAAAUGUUGUGGCUUUAUCAGUUGGACAACAUUUACAGUUUCCCCAGAGCAAAAUGAUAUUUACAAAAGAGUUUUACAUAAUCAGUGUUCUUUAUCAGUAGUUAGACAGUAUUUUGUUUCCCAAUCCUUUUGAAUUUGUAGAAGGGAACGUGAAGAGAGAAACAAAAGCCUACCCAGGUUUUCAAUCAGUACGUUUACAUGACACUCAAGAAAACCGAAUUAUUGCCUUAUUCUGAUUAAGACCAGACAACUUAAGUGCAUGUAACACCUUAUUCUGACUAUAAUUGGAGUUUGAGAACUCCGAUUGUAGUCGGAGAACUCUGAUUAAGACACCCAGAUAGUGCGAUUGGAAUUCGAUUUUCUCUACCAUGUAACCAGCGUAGUCCGAGUAUGAUCGGACAAUGCAUGUGCGUGUGCGCCACCCCCCUGAAACCCUGUAACAAAAACACAAGAGAAGAGGAGUAACGUGCAUCUCAUCAGCAGAAAAAGUAGCGGGUACAUCAUCUACGACAAAAACAACGCUGUAUGAUGCUCUAUCUUCUUGCUCUAAAAUGCCCAGCAGCAGUUGUGGACACUUCUUACGUCCGGCACAGACCUUUUUGUUGUUGAAGGUUGUAUGGGGUCGGAAACAGCGCAGCUGAAAAGACCCAUAUCACUCCCUAGUUUUGGGGAGGGGGACAUGUUCACGUCAGUAAUUCUAUUUUCUCAGCUGCAUGUUUACGCGGACAAGGAGAAAAGUCUGAUUCGGGGAAAAAAACAAAUUAUGAGCUUAGUCCGAUUAAGCUGUGCAUGUGAACACACUGAGUGUCAACAACACUAUUUUUAUCAAAACUUUGAUUACCUUCACCCAUCUGCCAAGAAUGCACUUAAAGUUACACCGGCAGACAUAAUGAUGCUGAGGAACCUGCGUAAAGUUCAACAGCAAGAUGGAGGGGUUGGCUGAAAGUUGUUUUGAAGGUAUGGAGGCGGGUUCGACUGUCAGAGGAAACCUUAUAAAAUGACAGAGUACCAGCCACCCAAUCAAGGUACACUGCCACCCGACUAGAUCGUGAACGGCGAGCAGCAACAUUAAAUCUCUGGUUGUCAUACAAAGCAUAACAGCCAUCAUCAGAGCAGUUCAGGCACCAAGACCUGUCAUCCUGUCCCAGCUUACAGUGGGCAUCCCCUUUCUUGUCAGUGGUUUUGUAUGUCAACCCAACGGCAAAGGUUUCCAACAUCUCAAUCUCAAAGUAGGAGCGCUCGUUUAGACCCUGUUGACACAGUAAACGUUGGCAGGUACCAAACCUCUCUCCAUCCUUGGGGAAUUGCUGCUCCUCUUCCACCCAUGACACUUUUCUGUUUUCGUCCGUGAAAGUAAGGAUCUUCUGGGCAGUGUCUUGGUCGAAAGUCAGCAUACAGGCAUCUAGGGUGAAAAAAUAAAAAAAAUGAAAAACAGAAUUUGUGGUUUUGGAUGUUGUGCAAAUAAUUUGGACGCUCUAUUUAUUUGACCAAGGACUCUUAUACUACAGAGCCAUGCAUUUGUAAUACUUGCAGAAUGUAGUUUGGCAUUGUCUUGCUAAAAUAUGAAGGUCUUCACUGAGAAAGUCAUUGUUUGGAUGGCAGCAUACAUCAAGUAGAUACCUGUAUGUAUUGCUCAGCAUUAAUAGAGCUUUACCAGGCAUGUUAUCGACAUGUGCCAUGGACACUUGUGCAUUCCUACACCAGCAGGGAUGCUGGCUUUCAAGUUGUGCUGAUAAUAAACCAGGUGAUUCUUCUCUUAUUUUAAAGCAGAGGAUGCAACAUCCAUCCAGCUUUACACAACUUAUUCAGUGUUUAGGCCAAAGUUCUAACUUAAUCAAGUGUGUAACUGGCACCUCUGUACUAUUUACUAAUUACAUCAAAUUACUUGCAAACCAUCAAAUUCUAUAUUUAUUGAGGAAUCGGGGGUCGCUCAAUCGAAAUUGUUCGUCAUUUCAGUUGAAGAUGGCUACUGGUAGAAAAAGUAAAGGGCCUCCCUUCCUAGACUGUGGACAGCAAUUCUAGACAUAACUUACAUUUCUUGAAUCCUGGUUUCAUCCUGUGAUCCCCGUCAUGAUCAGUGCUGUUAAAAAAUCACAAGAAUUAAACUUUGAGACAGAAAACAGAUGUAACCAGUGUAAAAUCUUUCUCAAAAUGCCUCCAACACUGUCAAUUUAACCAAAAGUGAAAAGACUUAUCUUCAAGCAUUAUGUAAGUACCUGAGUAUGUCGAGCUUGUACUGCGCGUCGCCUUUUAGCUCAGAGAGCAGCUUCUUCCCAGAUUCCCCUGGAUUGUUGUAGCUUAGGUCCAGCUCAAUCAGGUGGGAGGGAUUGGACUUGAGAGCUGAGACCAGAGAAGCACAACCCUCCUCAGUGACCAGACAGCCUGACAACCUUGAGAAACAAAGCAGAAUUAACUUUUUGUAAGCAUCUUUGCAGUUGGUAAGUUUUUCUUCAUCUCUGAGUAAAUUUUAGGAAAAUGAACCAACAUACCUCAGUGUCUUCAGUCUGCAGGACUGACUUGACAGUCCAUCACAGAGUAGCUUCACUCCCGAAUCUUUCAGGUCAUUGUUGCUCAGAUCAAGAUCUCUCAAAGGAAGGUAGGGGAACUUAAGACCAGAGGCCAAGUGUUCAACCCAGUCUUCAGUCACUUUGCAGUCUGCUAGUCUACAUAUGGGUAAAAAGGAAAAAUGAAACCAUUCAAAGGUACAGAAAAAAGUAUCUUGGAAUGUGAUUCCUACCAGGACUUUUGGAUUUUUUUAUACUGAAAGGCUGUCCAAACAAUCCUAUUAUCAGAAAUGUAUGUAACUAAAACUUAAUAUACAUAUUUUUAAAAAGUAAACUUACAUAGCCUUCCUGCUGACCCGCACUGCUGGUAUAAGCCUCCUUCUACCUUCAUCUGUUGUGUUGAAACUCUUCAAGUCCAACACCUCCAGAUCAUUCUCUGAUACCUGCAGCAUGUAGGCUAGUGCUGAGCAUUGUAGGGAAGUCAGCUCUGUUUUGGAACGUUCAGGUAAUCUGAGAAAUUCCUGGAUUUCAUCUUUGACUUUGUGAUCCUUCAUCUCAACCAUUGUCUGGAAGAGGAUGAUGCUUCUGUCUGGAGAAAGGGUCUUCCUUCGAAUGGCUUUAAGGUGUGUCAGGAUUUUCUUAUCAGUAUCUUGACCUUGGUCUGGUGAUGUCAGCAGACCCUGAAGGACUCUCCGAUUCGAUUCAACCAUGAGGCCAAGGAGGAAUUGCAUGAAGAAGUCCAGGUGGCUGUUCUUGUCCUCCAGCACUUUCUCAACUGUCAACUUCAGAAGUUCAAGUAAAGAAUAGCUCUCAUCCUUCAGAUCAAGAAAGUUGCUGAGCUCUUCUGUUUUCUGGUUUGAGAAACAGUCAUAGACAAAAAGGGCUGCGAAGAACUCCUGUAUAGUCAAGUGCACAAAGAAGAAGACCUUCUGAGAAAAGGCCUGUUCCUCUCUGAGGACUCCAGAGCAAAACCCAGAGUAGAUGGUUGCCUCUUUCACAUCAAUGCCACAGUCUUCAAGGUCUUCAUCGUAGAAGAUGAUGUUGUUUUUCUGCAGCUGGAUGAAUGCAAGCUUGCCGAGUUUCAGGAGGAAUUCUUUGUGUUUCUUCAGAAGUUGCUCUUCGCUGCUUUUACUAUAUUUUCUGCUACUGCGUAUUGUCUGGGCGAGCAAGUAAUGGGCCAUCAUCUCUGUAAGAGUUUGAGGGAUUUCAGCCUUAUCCUCCCCAAAGAUCUCCUCAAAUAACACAGCAGAAAUCCAGCAGAAGAUUGGGAUCUGGCACAUGAUGUCCAGACUCUGUGACGAGCGAAUAUGUGACACUAUUCUGUCAGCAAGGCUCGAAUCAUCUCUAAAUCGCCUCCUGAAGUACUCCUCUUUUUGGGAAUCACUGAACCCUCUGAUCUCUGUGACCAUGUCUACAUACUCUGCAGGGAUCUGAUAAGCUGCUGCUGGACGGGAUGUUAUCCAGAGUUUAGCAUCUGGCAGAAGGUUACCCUUGAUGAGGUUAGCAAGGAGACUAGCCACAGAUGUCACUUCAGUGACUGACUUUACCGGCUUGCCUUCAAAGUCCAGUUGAAGUCGACUUUCAUCCAGACCAUCCAGGAUCACUAUGACCCUGGUCUUGACAUAAUUUUCUGAAUUUUCUUGUUCCCCGAAUGCAGGGUGAAACUUAGUCAGGAGCUGAAGUAAGCUUUUGUCAUCACUGAUCAAAUUCAGCUCUCUGAAAGCAAUGCAGAAAACAUAACUGAAGUCCUGGUUCUCCUUCCCCUCGGCCCAGUCAAGAAUGAAUUUCUGCACUGAAAAUGAUUUGCCAAUACCUGCAACACCCUUCGUAAGGACCAUUCUGAUUUUAUUCUGAUGACCAGGCAAAGGUUUAAAGCUGUCACAGAGGUCAACUUUUUUUGUAGGGGAGCCUGGUUUAAAUUUUUGUUUGAUAUGUCUGAACACGUGUUCUUCAUGCAGCCCUUCAUUCUCUUUGAUGGAAAUCAAGAGUGUUGUGUAUUUGCUGUUGAGGGAGCUCUUUGGGUCACCAUUACCCUCAGAUAUCGAAGCAAACUUGCCCUUCAUUUCUUCUUUAAAAAACUGUCUGGCUCUCAUCAAAGGACUGGCCACUGGAACGAUUAAAAACACAUGCAAAUAGAAAAGCUUUUACAUUUUACACACCAAAACAGAAAACAGCACAAAAGUACAUUACUUUUUUGCACAGAAUAUAUUACAGACUUUUUUGUAUUUCAAAACACAUAUUAAGUAUGGACCUAAUAUUAGCAUUGAGCAUAAAUAUUCGUCUUUGUUUUUCUUUUACCUCUUCGGCGUUUGAAUUCACGUCCCAGUUCACUUAAACACUCACAAUCCAGGAUGUGACACUGUUUGCAUGACCAGUGUCCACAAAGACGACGAACUGGAUCCCUCAAAACUCCUGUACAUGCGGAACAACUGGAUGGCUCUCCAGUCGGCUGGCUGUGGAGUGUACAAACAAAGACAAACAUGUCCCAUUAGACAUGUGUCCUCCGCUGGUGUAUGAUUUGUAUGUACAUCUGGUUGUAGUUGGAUUGGUUGAAGUUCGAUCACAGUAUGUGAGUUUCCUAAUUUAAUCCGUUACAGUACCUUUGUGUCUUUCUAUGUCCAAAAACAAUAGGCUCGCCCAUGGAAGCAGCCUUCUCCAUAGAAACAGUGCUGGAUGCUGUGGAUUCCCCAGACUGCUGGCUGUAAGAGAUCAACAA